AUGGCAAGCCAAGCCCCUAUUGCAGUUUUGAUUGUUCACGGGGCGUAUUUUCUCCCCGCGGGCUGGGAAGACUUUGGUCAGCGUCUGACCCAGGCAGGGUUCAUCGUGCGCUGUCCCCGUUUACCUUCCUGUGGCGAUACAAGACCGCCCACUGCUUUCCUCGAGCAGGAUGUGAUAGCUGUACGAGCAGCUGCCCAAGAGCUCAUCAGCUCUGGCCACGCCGUCAUAGUUCUGGCUCAUUCAUAUGGUGGCAUCGUUGCAUCGGAAGCAAUCACGCAGGAUCUCUACGCGCGCGAUAGGGGCAAAGGGGUUGCAUACCUUAUCUACUUGAGUGCAUGGCUAGUUCAACAAGGAAACUCACUGUCAGAUGUGAUCGCCAAGUAUGGCUUCCAGUCCAAGGUGGAGAUCGGCUUCAACGAAGAUGGCACCAUCAUUGCAAGAAAUGCCCCCGAAGCCUUCUAUAACGAUGUCGAUGUCGGAAGGGCAAAAGAGCUGACCAGUACCUGGAAUGUAACCCAUAAUAGGCUUGCCGCUAGAGGUCAAGUAAAAGGUGCCCCUUGGAAAGACCUGCCCACGACAUAUAUCUAUUGCUCUCAGGACCUGGCGAUUAUGUUGCCACUGCAGGAGAGCAUGGUGCAAGAUGCAUUCAACGCAAAAGGCACCUCUGAGAUCGUCACGGAGACAAUAGAUGCUGGUCACUGUCCUUUCUUGAGCAAGCCCGAGGAGGUACUUCAAAUUGUGCAUCGAGUGGCAGCGGCUAUUGGUUGA